AUGACUUUAUUCCUCCGUGCCAAUGACGCUUUAAAUGUCAACCCCCCUUACGGGUCGGAUGAGACCCUCUCCCUGGCAGGAUCCGAUUGGCUUUGGGCAGUUAUGGCAGUUCACUUGCUCGCAUUCGUAAGUCUAAUGUUAAUAUUCUGGUUGAAUUUGAAGCUCGUACUCCUCGUUUUCUGUUUCACCACCCCAGAGAGUGAUAGGGUUUUUCAUUACCUGUUCACCAUCACUCUCCUUGUUGGCACUGUAUCAUACUAUGCAGAGGCUUCUGAUCUAGGUUGGAGCACAGUCAAGCAGGUGGAUCAGCUCGGCAACGGUUCUUCCCGCCAGAUAUUUUACGCAAAGUAUAUCAAUUGGGCUGUCGCCUUCCCUUCUGUGAGCCUUGCGCUGGGCCUGCUAUCCAACAUCUCUUGGACCACCAUCGCUACAAACAUAUCUGUGUCCUUCCUCUGGGUGGUAACUUACCUCGCCGCUGCCUACACUCCAACAAGCUACAGAUGGGGCUUCUUCGCUUUCGGGACUCUGUGCUGGCUCAUUCUCGCCAUGAGCACGCUGAAUGAGAGCCGCGAGGCAGCGUCACGUAUUGGCAUUUCUCGAGACUACAUGAUACUCUCUGCGCUUGCAAAUUUGUCUUGGAUGCUGUACCCUGUUGCGUUUGGGCUUAGCGAUGGUGGCAAUGUCAUAGGCAUCACCGGUAGCUUCAUCUUCUUUGGUAUUCUCGAUAUACUAGCAGUGCCGGUGGUUUCAUUGCUGUUCAUAACACUAGCAAGCAAGUGGGAUUAUCGUCAUUUGCAUCUAGCUUUCAGCGAGCACCGCUACGCCCCGGAAGAUCAUGACACUGGCUUGCCAAAAGGAAGCGAGACUGCAAGUCCCGCCGGCAAUAGUUCCACUGUCUAA